AUGGUGCGGAGGCGGAGCGACAUCGACUGGUAUAGCGUGUUUCUGUCCGCCUUUUCUCACGACGGCGCGGUCGACGCCAGCUCCGACUCCCCCGCGCUAGCACCGCAAGCCCCCGCGUCUCUAGGUGGCCGCCAAAGGUUUGAGGAGCCGCGCAAUGAGUUCGAGCGGCGCUUCGGCCCCGGCGCGCCGGUUGAUGAUGGGCCGCACUUCCGACUCACCCGUGUGGCGGCCAAGGCUGCUGUUGGUUUGGGACCGGAUGUGGAUGUUCCUGCUGCUUCUAAGGGCGUAGAUGAUUUCAGUCCGGUAGAUGAGGAUGAGCAACGGGAACAUGUGAGCCACGAACACUGUUCGAAGUCAUCUCCCAAGUUUAGUGGGCAGAAGAAGAAUGAUGGCCAGGCUGAUAUUGGUUUGGGACCGGAUCUUCCUUCUGCUUCUAAGGGCGUAUAUGAUUUCAGUCCGGUGGAUGAGGAUGAGCAGGGGGAACAUGUGAGCCGCAAACAUUGUUCGAAAUCAUCUCCCAAGUUUAGUGGGCACAAGAAGAAUGAUGGCCAGCUACCCUUGAAUAAAAGGAGAAACCAAGGCCAUGGUGGAAAAAGGAAACCUUCUGUGAACAAACGGAGGGCUCAUGCCACUGAUCCAGAGGAGUCUGAUUAUGAAAGUUCACUUCCCAGUAGAUUCUCUGAGAGGAGGAAGCAACAGCUUCAGAAUUCAUCUUCUGUUCAUUCUCGAAAGGUUGGUAUUUGA